UAUGAUGAUCGACACCUCCUAGCAAAUUCAAGGCUAGUACCAUAUGAACAGAGAUUUCCUACUGAAACUCUGCAAAUGUGAAUAUGCAGUUGACUAGCGAUCAGUUUCUCUCAGACUUGUGAUUAAGAAACACUUGCAACAGAUUUGUGUUUGUAAUUGACAUUUGGAUAUCUAUUAAUUAAAGUGAUGUUAACAUGGCGACAACAUCGGCCGUUUACGUACAAAAUGCAUGCAAAUCCUACGGCAAAAGAGAAGUUUUAAAAAACCUGUGCAUGCACGUGCCGAAAGGAAGCAUCUAUGGUCUUCUCGGAUCAAGCGGUUGUGGCAAAACCACCCUCCUUAGUUGUAUAGUGGGACGACGGCAACUAAAUUCUGGAGAAAUAUGGGUCCUGGGAGGGAAACCCGGAACCGUAGAAAGCGGUGUUCCAGGACCAAAAGUCGGAUACAUGCCUCAAGAGAUCGCUUUAGUGGGUGAGUUUACGGUAAAGGACGCUAUAUACUAUUUUGGGCGCAUUUUCAACAUGCCAGAGAAGAAAAUUGACGAGAGGUUUAACGAAUUGUCGAACUUAUUGGAUCUACCACCGGCUGACAGAUUUAUAAGAAACUGUAGUGGGGGUCAGCAAAGACGAGUUUCCUUUGCUGCUUCUAUGGUCCAAAUGCCCGAAUUGCUGAUUCUAGACGAACCUACAGUAGGUGUUGACCCGAUUCUGCGAGAACGGAUAUGGGACUAUUUACUUUCCAUAACAAGUAAAACAAGUACGGCUGUGAUUAUUACAACUCAUUAUAUAGAAGAAGCCCGACAGGCUAGUCUGAUCGGCUUAAUGCGCAACGGUCGCCUCCUGGCCGAAGAAUCCCCCCCCAAACUUCUCCGAAUGUUCAACACCGAAGUCCUAGAAGAAGUAUUUUUCAUCCUCAGCCAAAGACAAAACGAUGGACAAUUAAAUGAGAUUUUACCAAGCAACUCUCCUCUACCAAUCCAAAAUUCGAACACCGACAUUAGCUUAGCCUCGUAUGAUACAACUCGCGCAUCCACAGACGUCCUCACACCCAAUGCAAAAGAGAAAAAACCAAAAAAGGUCGGCGGCUAUAGCUUGAAUGGACGGCGAAUGAAGGCUCUUCUAGAUAAAAACUGGAAGCAAUUUUAUAGAAACAUAAGUGGGAUGAUCUUCGUGUUUUUAUUUCCUAUAGUACAAAAUGUUGCGUUUCUUCUUGCCGUUGGACCUGAUCCGAAGAACAUCGGACUAGCUGUUGUGAAUCAAGAGAGCAUGACGACCCUCUGCCACAAUUUUUCGAUGAUGGAUACCGCGAUUCCUUACGAUUAUUCUAGUUGUCACUACAGGAACCUGAGUUGUCGGUUUUUGUCGUAUAUUGAAGACCCUAUGCUCCAUAAAAUCAGGUACGACGAUCUGUCGGAGGCUAUGGCAGACGCGAGGCAUGGGAAAGUCGUCGGGGUGAUGUUUCUGGCUGAGAAUUUUACUGAGUCGUUUGAGGCGAGAAUUGAAAAAGGGAGAAGUGUAGAUCCGGCCGCUUUGUCGCUAAGUGAGAUUAAAAUCUGGCUGGAUAUGUCAAAUCGACAAAUCGGAGCUACUAUAAAGUAUAAGCUUCUGGCGCUCUAUAGGGAUUUCCAGAAGGAUCUGAUGAAGGAUUGUAAUUAUGACCCAAAAAUGGCGGACUUUUUUAAUUUGACGACAUAUUAUGGAAACGAAGAUGAUACUUUCACUGAGUAUAUGACACCGGGACUUAUAAUAACAAUUAUGUUUUUCAUGAUGACCUUGAUGACGUCCCAGAUAAUAGUUACCGAUCGAUGUGAAGGACUCUGGGACCGUUCCAUCAUAGCAGGAGUUUCUUCCCUUGAGAUUUCUAUAACCCACUUCAUCAUGCAAAUUGGUAUCGUCAUAGUUUACACCGCAACAGUUUUAAUUAUUACCUUCUGGCUAUUUCACUUGAAAUAUGUGGGAAGUAUGUGGAUUUUGGCACUGCUCACUUUCCUUCAAGGCAUCAACGGAGUUGGUUAUGGUUUCUGGAUAUCCAUAGUAUCUUAUAACGUAAGCAUGGCGAAUGUUAUAACCACUGGUAGUUUCUACAUAAUGAUUUUGAUCUGCGGUAGUUUGUGGCCCAUCGAAGGCAUGCCGGUUUUCCUCCAGUGGAUAUCACGCUGCUUACCGUUCACAAUAGCCAUGGAUUCUUUCCGCAACGUGAUGCAAAAAGGUUGGCCCAUAGUGAAUUUCCAAGUCUGGAACGGUAUGGCCAUAGAAGUUAUCUGGAUCAUAAUUUUCGCAAUAGUGAACACCAUUCUAAUACAAUCCAAACGAUAGGAUAAAUGGACAUUUAGUGUAAUUUAAAAAAUCACAAUCACGUGAUUAGUGUAGUACUUGUAUUUCAAAAAUAUAUCAAUAAAGCUGUUGUACUUU